GCAGGCGCGGGGCAGCGGCGGGAAAACCUGCCCCGCGCUAUCCCAGCAGCCUCCGCGCCCGAGGGGAGCGCGCCUGCGCCUGAGGAAGCGGCGGAGCCCGCCGCGCCGGGAGGGAGUAACCGAGGGUCGGUGCGGGCCCUCGGGGUUGACUGUAUUCGCCUGAUUCACUGUCAGAACAUCCGGCGUGGGACCUGCAAAGCGCUCCUCCCCAUAGCGAUAAAUACAGUACAACGUUCUCUAGGGGGAAAAACAAACCAGAAGGGAAAAAUAAAAUCUUUGUAUCAGCAUUGCUCAUAGAUGAGUGUUUCUGGCUGUAGCAAAGCUGAUUUUUUUUCCCCUUCCACUGAUAUUCCUAAAAAUGGCACUUCAUGAGGACCACGAACCAGACACUCAUGAUAAAAGGGACUUUGAGCUCUACUGUCCAAAACGCAAGCAGGAAUCCACAGAAAAAAGUGAGCACACUGCUGCAGCCACAGCAGACCUCAGUCCAAAGCUGGCUGUGGAUGGGCACCAAGAUGAGACACCAUCAGAGAAAAAGUUCUCUAAAGCUGCCAAGGAGCAUAAAGUACCCGAAGACCUCGACAAAAUCUUGGAAAAUAAAGUCAUGCAAACAACGUUGGGCCUGCACUACGUAAAGAUGUCUGUGGUGGAAAUGACGUGUUUGGAUGGAGCAGAUGAAGAAGGCAUCGUGUCUAAAAGUGUUUCUUCUCACUCUGAUCUCAUCCCAGGAGUGUACGAGGGAGGAAUGAAAAUCUGGGAAUGCACUUAUGAUCUCAUACGCUACUUCUCGGAGGCUGAAAUACAGUUUACCAACAAGACCGUGCUGGAUCUUGGCUGCGGGGCUGGACUGCUGGGAAUAGUUGCUUUAAGGGGUGGAGCUGAAAAAGUCCAUUUUCAGGACUACAACAGCACUGUGAUUGACAAGAUAACGCUGCCUAAUGUGGUGGCUAACUCUGUACACGAGGGCCAGAGGAUGGGCAGCGGAGACGACAGUAAAGCCUGCAAGCCUCCCUCGAAGAAGCCCAGGAAAGCAGAGUGCUCAUCGGAUACUCUCGCCAAAUGCCGAUUCUUUUCUGGAGAGUGGUCUGAAGUGAGCCAGCUCCUGCUAAGCAGCAGCAAACCCUUCUCAAAGUACGACAUCAUUCUCACAUCCGAGACCAUCUAUAACCCUGACUACUACGGCGCUUUGCACAAUACGCUGGCUCAGCUCUUGGAUAAGAACGGCCGUGUGUAUUUGGCAAGCAAAGUCAUUUACUUUGGGGUUGGUGGUGGUAUCUAUGACUUUGAGAAAUUCAUUGAAGAGAGAAAUGUGUUCAGGAGCAGCAUAGUUAAAGUAAUUAAUAAGGGACUGCAGCGAUGUAUUAUGGAAAUGGCCUUUAAAGAUUCCAGUUAAAAUUCAACCACUGGUCCUUCAAAAAUAUCUUACAGACAAUUUGUUUUACUCUUUUUAUCUCUUUGCUUUUUCCUCUGCUGAGUUACUCUGGUUUGAAAAAUUAAGGAUGCUUGAAAUGUUUGACAGAUUCUGAUGCUAGACUCUUGUAAUGCUGGUUUUGCAUAGAGAAAUGAGAGUUCUGCACAAACCACCAUCCAAAUGUCACAAUGAAUUGUCAUUUAUAUGUGUUUGAAAAUGAAGCCAGUGGCUGUCCCCAGUCCCCCUCUUGCACUCUUUGGCAGUGCCAGAACCGUACAUCACAGGAGAAGCUGCUGACUGCAGCCUGAACCCAACUAUUUUACUCUCCUAUUUAGCGGGAGCAGUAGUUCCAAGGGUCUGGCUCCCACUUCGGGUGCUGUUUCGCUGCAGCAGCAGCUUUCUCUCCUGCUUUCCACUAGAGGGGGAUGUGACCGUGUUAAUCACUCAGGUCCUACUCAGCUCAGCGUCUCAUACAUCUCUCACGUUCCUGUAGAAAAAAGUGUACCAGAGUGUGUUUAUUGGAGUGGUUUCUGAAUUAUCACAUCCAGGGUUUGAUGCACCACUCUUAAGAAAAUUUCAGUAGCCAUGCUGGUUUUCGACAUGAAUAAAAUUGAUUUCUGCUUUAGUAAUGGAGUUGAAAGGAGAUUUUACAGAAGAGGUUCCUGAAAACAACCAACCAGUAAACCUACAAAUGCAAACCAGGAGGAGAAGAUGCCAGAACUGAACUUUAAGUGACAAGUGGGAAAGGAGAUGCACUGCACUGUUACAGAAGAUUGCUAAUGAGUACUGUACUGAGUUGGGUUUUUUUUGGUUUGGGGCUUUUUAUUGUUGUUGGUUUUGUGUUUGUUUGUUUUUUUUUUUUUUAAGCAAGGCUUUUUCAGAAAUUAAACUACUUAUACACUA